UGCAGACAUCCGGGUGAUGGGAUUGUGUGUCCCAAGCAGAGUCCGAGGUAGAAGGUGCUGUGCGUUGUCAGAGUGGAUCAAAUCACAACCGAAGCUCGGACGGUGGACGGAGUGUACACCGGGGUCAGACACUUGUCCUCCCGUUGGGCCCCCUCACUGUGUUCAGCUAAUUUCAGUGGUGGAGGCCGGCGUGGCAUGACGGAGAGCGGAGUGGAGAGUGAGCUGCGGGGGGAUGGCAGUAUUCGCAAGGGGUGUGAUCCCUUCGCUCAAACUCAGCGGAGCAAGUUGCAAAACCGCCGAGCCCGGAUUAACCAGCAGAUUAAUAAGGAGAUGCGAAUGCGAGCAGGGGCUGAAAAUCUAUUUCGAGCUACAACGAACAACAAAGUAAAGGAGACUGUGGCUCUGGAACUGAGUUUUGUGAACUCCAACUUGCAGCUCCUGAAGGAGGAACUAGAGGAACUGAACAGCUCAGUGGAGAUUUAUCAGAAUGAGAAUGAGUCUGUUAGUGUUCCCAUGAUUCCUCUUGGCCUGAAGGAGACAAAAGAAGUUGAACUGACGAUGCCUCUGCAGGAACUUAUUGACGAACACUACAGUGAGCCAGGAUGCAGGUACGAAAAAGAACUAAAAGAAUUUGCAGACCUCCGGCAGGCAAUGCGAACUCCAACCCGGAAUGAUGCUGGAAUCGAGCUUCUUAUGGAAUACUACAACCAGCUUUACUUCAUUGAUAAUCGUUUUUUUUCACCCAAUAAAAAUAUGGGUAUCUUUUUUCAUUGGUACGACUCUUUAACUGGUGUUCCUUCCUAUCAACGGGCUCUGGCUUUUGAAAAAGGAAGUGUACUCUUCAAUAUUGGUGCACUAUAUACCCAGAUUGGUGCGCGGCAAGACCGAACCACUAAGGAAGGCAUUGACCAAGCUAUUGAUGCUUUCCAAAAGGCUGCAGGUGCUUUGAACUAUUUAAAAGAAAACUUCUCGAAUGCCCCAAGCCUCGACAUGAGCACGCCAUCCCUCAACAUGUUAGUGCGUCUAAUGAUCGCACAGGUACAGGAAUGUGUCUUUGAAAAUGUGAUGCUGGCAGGAAUUAAGGAUGAGUUCUUGGUACAAUUACAGAGUGCGCAGGAGGCUGCAAGGGUGGCUGAUGUUUAUUCCUUGGUCUAUCAGACAAUGACACAACCCCCAGUGAAAGACUAUGUUCCAUUCUCUUGGACAACUAUGGUUCAGGUCAAAUCUGAGUACUUCAAAGCUGUUUCACAUUAUUUUGCUGCUAUUGCAUUUUGUGACCAUACAAUGGGUCCUGAUGAUGAAAGUGAACACAUAAAGGCUCUUCAGCAACUUCAUGUAACAAUGCCUGAGGGUCCAUCAUUGGUUAUGGUACUUAAGGAUAAUGAGGAGCGACGCAAAUUAGGAAAGGCUCAUUUAAAGAAAGCAAUAAUUAAGCAUGAAGAAGCGAUGAGGAUUCACAGCCUUUGUCGGAUCCUGAGGAAGAUGGAUAUCCUGCAGGAGGUGCUAGUUGUUGCCCAUAAACGAUCGUUGAAGAAGUAUUCUGAGAUUGAUCGUGAAGAUGAUUUUUUUGAAACUGUUGAAGCUCCAGACAUUCACCCAAAAACACAGCAGAAACCAGAAAUUAAAACUCCAAACUUUUCCAAGGUGAAAGUCACAGAUAUUUUUCACGGAUUGGGUCCAUUGUCAGUUUUCUCCAUCAAGAAUCGUUGGAGCUCUGUCAGAGAAAUUCAUCUUGAGAAAAGUGAUAAGGGAUUUGGAUUCACCCUGCGUGGUGAUUCUCCUGUCCUUAUUGCAGGAGUAGUCCCUGAUGGCUGUGCAGAUAAAGCCGGUCUUCGAGAAGGUGACUACAUUGUCUCAGUGAAUGAACAGGAUUGCAAGUGGUCCAAGCAUUCUGAAGUUGUUCAGUUACUGAAAACUAUCAGCACAGAGAGUGUCAAGAUUGGUGUAAUAACGCUGAAUACUUUUGAACACCAGAAUAACGCAGACAGGAAAUCACUUCUAGGUACAAUGUCCUCGACAAGCAUCUUCUCUGGCAGUGAUAAAGAGAACAGCAGGAAAGUUGCUGAUUCCAGCAAAGGUUCGGGGUUAUUGACAACCUGGAACAAGAAGAAAAGUACAAGCAAAGAUGGCAGCACCCACAGCUUACCGUUCAUUGCCGUGACAGAUGAUAGAUCAUUUUACUGAAGAGUAUCAUCAGUACUAUGUAUGAGAAUUAUUCAUUAGUUACACAAACAUGCACAUCUCAUGUCUGGAUGCAGAGCAAUUGUAUCGAGGUUCAUCUCACUCAAGGCCUUGUCAGUUAAAGACAGCACAACUUGAAACCCUUUCUGCAAUGGACAAAUUCGGCUUGUGAGCACAUCUUUAUAUUCAAAGCACCAUUUGUGGAGAACACAGUAUAAUAGAGGAGAGACAAGAUAAGGUGUGGAACAAAAAUGGAGUUUGUUUCAGUAUUAUUUAUUGAUCCCAGCUUCAUUGAGAGUUCUCCUUGCCUGAUGUGCAGUAAGAUGUGGAAACAUUGACUGUUAUAGUCAUUGACUUGUGCAGAAGAGAAACAUGCCCUUUGUCUCAACAUGUCCAUGACUAGUGUCUCUUUUUUCAAUAUAAUAAAUUUCUGGAAUUGUUAUUUUCACUCAGUAAGAAUUUACAGGAUACUAACAAAUGGCAUUGAAGCUGCUACUCCAGGAUAAGACAUUUUUCAAACAUAACAUGGAUUUUUUGUUCUUUUUAGGCUGAUCAAGAACUUGUAUUUUUCUUUUACAGGAAAAGCUUUUGUUAAAUUUAUUUCCACAAGUUAUUGAAGGUCUAACAAACCGAUGAUAAGACGGUAUUAUUCUUAAUGGAUUAAAUAGGCUGUUUUAGGAUUAAUACCACAUGCAAAGUGCAAGAGCCUCCUGUAUUGUCCCCUGUAUCUUUGGAUUGCGUUCUGCCCUAUAUCACAUUUUAUUAUUGUGUCCUGUUAGUAGCUUAACACAAAAUUUGCACUUUAGGAUCCAGAAACAUGUUUACUCCCUCCUACCACUUACUAAAAGGAAAAUUAGGAGCCAUGCUUGGUUUGGCUUGGUAGGAUUUAUCACUUGCUGUCAGUUGAUAUAGAUUUUUGUAAAGUAAGAGGACAAAACUAUACUUUUAGAAUUAAUUCAUAAUUUAAAAUUUAUUGAUGUCAAAAGGAAAACAAAUGGAGGAUUUUCAAUCUCAAACUAUCAUUGUUUCAGAUACUUAGAUAAGAUACAAAGGAACUACUGAAAACAUUUUAUAUUUUAAAAAUAUGGGUCUAGUUAUUCCUGUAAAUGUUUAGGUAGAAGAAUCUGUAGAUAGCAAAUUUCAGGUACAGUAGUCAAUAGCAGAACAAACGCAGUUAUUUUGAUCAUGAUAGAGUUUAGCAAAGGACAGACUAAUGUCAAAACUGAACUCAAUGAAGAACCAGUAUUAUAAUACUAUCUUUAAUGUCUAUUGUGUAUUGUGUUCAAUUUAUCAAUGUUUAAUUCCACUUUUUAAAAAGAGGUAGCACCUGCCAGACAGACUUCCAGUAUAGAUCAGCUGAACUGUGCUUCCCCUCUAUUUUUAUUAUAAGAAAACAUUCCGCAUGUUUUUAAUCCUUUUGUUUUAAGUAACAUGUUUUGUAGAUUUUAGUCCUUCCCUAAGUAACGAAACUGAUUAUAGCCAAUAGUUGAUUGAGUCACACUAUAAAACAACUUAAGAACUUUUAAAAGUUUUUUUUCUCUAUUUUCAGACAUAGUCGUGUUGCUUUUUCAUUUGUUAACAUUAUAAUAGUGUAUCUUGUAACUCCAGAUUUUAUUUGUGCUGAAUGACAAAACAACAUUAUCUUUUAGUUUUUGACUGGCAGUUACGAGUUCAGUUAAUUUAUGCAGAGCAGGUUCCCACAAAAGAGAAUCAGAUUACUUUGAUAAAGUUCCAAAUAACAUAAUUGAUAGGCAAAGGCACAAUUGUUACCUCUCCUAAUUUUAAAUUGUUGCCAUUGAAUAUUUAAUAACUACAAAUAGAAUUGAUAGUCUAUCUCUACCAAAAGAUGAUGGCUCUCAACCCCAUUGAAUUAAACAGCUUUCCUGGACCAUGUAUGCAGCAUUGAAUUCCGUGUAGGUGCUUUAAUUUCUUUUUUCUGAACUUUAGCAGCAGCCAACUUGCUGUUGUUCCUCAGCACCCAAUACCUCCUUUGCACUGACAAAGUCCAUCCACCCCAUCUCACCAAAUCCUCCAGUCUUUUCACUAAUGAAUAACUAUGACCAACUACUUAACAUUAACCCCUCUCACCAUGCCUCAACUCCAUUCCUCAAUUCACCUCUAAUAGCUAAAGAAAGUGCAUAAUCACACUGUAGGAAAAUCAGCAAUGAUAACAGAUGUAUUCUUGCCUAUGCAAACCCACCUGAAAAAUAAAAUAUUUGGAAGGAUAGGAAAAUAUAACAAAGCAUUGACAAGCUUAAAAUUACAGUUGGAUAAUGCAUGGUUAAGAUUUGGGUUGCAUUUAGUCACAUUCAUUUCUAAAUCACUGAAAAAUACAUUGUUUUUAAUGUUCAGAGGUUUGACUGCCUAAAUUAAUUCGAACUGUCUACUGGAGGAACUUAGUAGUUCAAGUGGCAUCUUUGUCGGGGAUGGGCACAGGUGCAAAGGAAUCAUCAUCAUUUGGGGUCAAAACCCUGCAUCAAGACCUGUACUUGAGCUGCUGAGUUAAACAAAUAUUCUGUUGUUCCAGAUACCAGCAUCUGCAGUCUCUUGUACCUCCUAUCCCAUCUUUUGCUAUUAUUCCUAUCCCAUCCUUUGAUUAUUGUUUUCUGGUCUCUGCUCACCACAGUCCAGGAAGAUGUAAAUCAGGUAUGAUGUAUUAAAAUAACCAGUUGCACAAAAUACGCAUUGCCUUAAACAGAUUAAAUACUAAACUGAAUGGUAGUCAUGACUACUUUGGAAUUCGUAAACAAACUUCGUACUGGUGGGAUUUAAAGGCAAGCUUAAAUGAAUUUUAUGUUUACAUCAUCAUCAUUCUUGUUUAAUAUUUGAUUGCACAUGGAACACAUCUUUUUCAUUUCUAGUACUCAUUGCCUGGAUGUAAUGGCAAGUUGUUCAACCCUUCCUCUUGAAUAGGAAAAAGCUGACUUCCAUUGACUACCAUUCUUGUUUUCAUUCAUUAGCAGCUGACAUCUGAAUAAAUCCCAUAGAUAUCCCUCAAUUGUCUCCCUCAUUCUGGACUCUGUGGAGCAAAUCAGAUGGAUUUAAAGAAAUGUGGUAUGGCAUUAUCCUUGAACAUACUUUUUCCAUCCAAUUUUUACUGUUCUCUUUGGAGAAAGUAAUUUUCAUUUCAAUGAAGAUAAAAAUGCAGAAAGACUGCAACAUAAUUAAAAACAAAAGAUAACUAUUUGGGGUCGUACUGUCUGCGUAGAUCAAACUUAAAUAAAAGUCAUCACAGAUUGAAAACUAAUAUUUCCUGGUUUUAGUUUAAGAAUUAGAUAGCUUGACAUUGGUAGUUGACUAUUAUCAGGUUUAUGAAAUAAGACUAAACUGCCUUGGUUAUUAAAAGUCAACUCAUUGAAAUAUAUCAAUGUUAAUGACUGGAUUUUUUGGCAUCAAAUUAUCUUUCUGUUUGUUUUUAAUUUAGAAUAAUUUAUAAUUUUAUUAUUUCCCACAAACAUACUUUUGAGUGAGGGUAGCAUAAGGGACACAAUGUGAAUUAUUGCACUAAAAUACAGUGCAAACUCUUAACAAUGAAAGAGGAAGAAGAUUUACAUCUUGAAUUGAUUCUCUUCAAAUCAGCGUGAACUAAACCAGAGCAUCAAUUUUUGUGUGUAAAGUUUAAAUGCCAACUUUCAUUUUUGAGAGUGGGAGGAGUGGAGACAAAUGGGUGGGCAUAAGAUACCGAAUACAAUUAAUGUUAAAAUUUAUAAGUUAACACAAUGAUUAAUAUGCGGAUAUACUUGUAUAUUGCAAACUUUAACAAACAUAUUAAAUAAUUGUUUCUAUAGAUUGAAAUCACACAACAGAUCUAAAAUGGAUUUUUUAAAAUUUAUAUGUAAUUAUCAUAGUUAAAUGUUAAACCUUGUAUUUUGUUCUGUAACUAAUACUUGAUAAAUUUGUGAGAAGUACAGAUUAAAAUAAUGCUGCAAUUUCCAUUUUUCAUAUCUCAUUUUAUGAUCUUUCCAAGCAAGUUUUCAAAAUGUAUAUCUUUGUAACAAACAGUGUUGAGUAGCAUUGGCAGACCUAUCUCUUACUGUUAGUUUUGUUCAUUCUCAAGACGUGGAUUUCAGACUAGCAUCUAUUGACCAUUCCUAUUUGCUUUCAAGAAAGUUGUUGCGGUCCUUAUUACUGAUCUGAUAAAGUUUAAGCUAUAUGUUCAAGGAUUUUGAUUGUUCUUAUUGAUGUACUGUGUAAAUCAAGUGAUUGAGAUUUUUUUUAGAAACAGUAGAAAAUUGUGAUGGUUAUGUUGUACCACCUUGCUGCUAUGAAUACAAUGCCCUUUCAUGGUAUUGCAUUUUAAUCCUGUUUAUAAUACUGUGUACUCUGUUGGGAGCUGGAAUUUGUAAACUGCUCUUUUAUAAAACAUUUGCCAGUAUUAUUCUUUGCUAACUUUUUUUUUUGUGGAUUGGACCCAAACUGGUGUAAUAACUGAUGUUCAAACUACUCACUAGAUUUUCAUUAGUUUGUAAUGAGUAGGACAAAUCUAGAAGGCUUUUAAUAUUUACUUUUGUGAUUUGCAAAUACAAUGCACUUGCAUCAUUGAUACAUUUGAUACAAAACAAAUUAUUAUUAUUUUUCCAUUCCCAGAAGCAGGUGUAGAAGACCUUGGAUUGUAGUCGAGCUAAUUUUUAAAAUCAUUUUAUAAAUUUCGUGCAUAAGAAACAAAUGUAAACUUAUGAAAAAACUGCCAGGUAUCUGAUACAUGUUGAGUAACUGUACAUCCAUUUCUGAAUGUCUGUGGGGAAAUGUUUACGUUUGUAUCAGAAAUAUUAUCCUAUGUGUCUUUAGUCAAUUGUUUUGGUACGAAAUAUAUUUUUGACAUUCCUCAGAUAUUUACUUAUGAUUUAAGAUGGUAGUUUUCUACUUCCGUACUAUAACGUCUAUGAAUAAAUUA